GAUCCAUAUUGGAGAGAAGCCGUUCAACUGCUCGGAGUGUGACAAAAGCUUCGGCCGGAAAACGCAACUCCUCAGCCAUCGCAAAGUGCACACGCGAGAGAAGCCGUACAAAUGCUCGCAGUGCGGGGAGGGCUUCAGCCGCAACUCCAGCCUCAUGAUCCACGAAGGGUCCCACACGGGAGAGAAGCCGUUAAAAUGUCCGGACUGCGACAAAUCCUUCAACACUCCCUCUCAGUUGUUGAAGCACCACCGCGUGCACACGGGGGAGAGACCGUACACCUGCUCGGAAUGCGGGAAGAGCUUCAGCCAGAGGCAAAUCCUGAUGGUGCACCAGCGAAUCCACACAGGGGAGAAGCCCUUCAAAUGCGCCACCUGUGGGAAAGGCUUCUGUGAGCGUGCCGUCCUCAUCAGGCACCAGAAAGUCCACACGGGGGAGCGGACGUAUCAGUGCACAACCUGCGGGAAAUGCUUCUGUGACCGUGCCGUCUUUGUUCGCCACCAGAAAAUUCACACAAGAGAAACUCUGGGUGUGCUUAGACUGGAGGAGGAGCCAUCUAAUGAAGCCUUAUAA